GGUUCACCAAGUAAAAUGUACCAUUUACCCAUUUAGAUGGUGGCAGUGACCAUUUGUGCGAAACAUGACCCGUUUUGUAGUGGGUACCCAGUUCCUAACACUAAUUUUGGGGAUUUUUGGGUUGGUAAUUAGUCAGAGAGAAAAUAAUGUGUGUCCUACAUUUGAAGAUUAUUAUACUAUGAAAAACAAUUCUAAAUGUUGGUACGAUCUUGGUGCAGACUAUGUAGCGCCCGACAUUAUUCAGUUAUUGGGUUACCCAGUACAAACCUAUAGAGUGGUUACAAAAGAUGGCUAUAUCUUAACCCUCUUCAGAAUUCCAAACGAUAGUAAUAAGAAUCCGUAUGCCAAGAAACACCCUGUAUACUUACAGCAUGGACUUGUGGCAACCUGCAAUAAUUUUUUGGCAUUGCAGAAAGAUUCUUUAGCAUUUGUUCUGUGGGAGGCAGGCUAUGAUGUAUGGCUUGGGAAUUACCGCGGAACAUUUCCAUCUGAAUUUCAUGUCAAUAUGACAACCAGAGACCGGGAAUUUUGGGCAACUAGUAUGGACGAUGUCGCUUUAAUAGACCUUCCGGCCAUAUUUCACACAAUUAUCUCUCACACUAGUAAGGAUAAUCAAAUAAUAUACAUAGGGCAUUCCUUAGGAACUACUUUUGCCCUUAUGUAUGGAAGCGAGUUUCCUGAAGAGGCAAAAAGUAUGAUUAAAAUGUUUGUCCUUCUCUGUCCUGCAUAUACGCUUAAUAACAUGAUCUCACCUUAUAAGUGGUUUGCUCCUUAUGGAAACUGGGUCGUGGAUACAAUUCGUAACUUAGAAAUAGAGCGAAUAGUAUCAGAAGCAUCGGAAUUAAGCAGACUGGUGCAGCCUUGUAUGGAAUCACCACCUGUUAUGAGGCUAUGCAUGCAACUGUAUAAUUUAUUUUAUGGACCCAAUGCUGAUUUUGGUCCUGAGAUAAUUCCAGUUGUUUUUCGCCAAUUACCAGGUGGUACUUCGAUACAAAUACUUAACCAUGCGGCAGAUUUGGUACUGGGUAACUUCCGAAAAUACAACUAUCCACCUGAGGUAAAUUUGCAGAAGUACGGCUCAAAAGAAGCGCCUUUAUUUGACAUCUCAAGAAUUGAAGUUCCUACUUAUAUCGUUUAUAGUACUCAAGACUGGGCUACACCUGAAAAGGACGCCAAACAUCUUUAUAGAAAUCUAAAUGCAAAAGCAAGAUAUUGCAAUCGUCCAGGCGAGUGCCUUUGCAAAUUGGGUUAUUAUGGUGACAAAUGCAACAAAUGCAUUCCCCUUCCCGGAUGCCAGCAUGGUUACUGCAAUACGAGUUUCGAGUGUAUUUGCCACGAAGGUUGGGAUGGAUUGUUUUGCUCUGAACCCAUAUGUCGCCAAGAUUGUCACCAAGCAAGAGGCUACUGCACAGAACCUGGCGAUUGCAAAUGUAGACUUGGCUGGUCUGGAAAAACCUGUAGAGACUGCCAGGUAUUGCCAGGAUGCAUUAAUGGAUAUUGUGAAAAACCUCUGGAAUGCAAAUGUUAUUCUGGAUUUACGGGAAUUUUAUGUCAAACACCUAUUUGUUCAAGCACAUGCCACAAAGAAAGAGGAUACUGCAGAAAACCUGGAGAAUGUCGGUGCAAAGUAGGUUGGUGGGGUAAGGAUUGUGAAAAAUGUUUUCCAUAUCCUGGAUGUGUUAAUGGAACAUGUAAUAGACCAUGGGAAUGUAACUGCAAGAAAGGAUGGGGAGGAAUGCUUUGUAAUGAAGCUCUUACCUAUUGCGAAGAUAAUCCUGAUAUCUGCAAAAAUGGUGCCAAGUGCAUCUCCCUCACUCGCGACGACGGCUCUUUCAGGUGCUUAUGCCGAGAAGGAACCUUCGGUAAAUUCUGCGAAUUAAGUGACCAUUCUUUUUCUACGAAACCAAUAUCAACUACUAAUAAGACUUUUAUAUCAUUAAAUAAGGAAAAUCAAAAUAUCACAGACUUUCAGUCUGGUUUCAAGACAGAGAAACUUAUUCUAAAAUCAAAUGAGAAGCCUAUUCAAAAUUUAAGAAAACCACUUAAGAAUUCGAAACCUGCAAAAAUAGUAAAUCCUAUGAAAAUAGAAAAUGUUAGUUUUGUGUUUGCGCAAGAUGCAGAUUCCAACAUAAAACAAAAAAUUAUUGGAAACAUUAUUGCUAAAACAGAGGCAAAAAACCUUAGUAAUUAAAAAAAUAGAUAUGUAAUAGGUAUAAGUAAAUUUUAAGAAAAAAAAAUAAAUUUGUUAGAUCUUAGUUUGCCUACAAUAAAUUAAAUUAUAUUAUAGUUAAAAUGAUAAAGUUAUUAUAGUUAUAUUAGAUUAAAUUAUAUUAUAUAGUCCAAAUUCAA